UCGGGUCGGGUAUUAUUUAAUUCUUCCAUCACUGUAAAACCCUUCUUUCUCCUCUUCCUCUUCGUCCAGACCUCGACCAAACCAGCCAUGGAGCUCUCUCUGAGCGGCAACGCCCUCAAGACUUUCACCCGCUCGAUCACCUGCCUCGCGCGCGUCGGCACUGAGCUCGUCCUACUCGCCUCCUCUUCCAAGCUCGAAUUCCACACUCUCAACGCCUCCCGAUCCGCCUACCAGAUCGUCUCCUUCCUUCCCUCUGCCUUCGACGUCUACUCCCUCGCUUCCCCUCCCACCCGCUGUAGCGUCCUCCUGAAAUCCCUCUGCUCCGUACUCCGCACUCCCGCCGCCGUAAUGGACCGCUUCGACGCCGCUCUUUCCUCUCCGGACGCUGCCAAGCUCCAGUGCACCCUCCACUGCAUCAACGGCGUCAAGAAGACCUAUUGGAUCACCUGUAACGUUGAUCCCGAUAGCCAGCACCUAUCGCUCGACCGACGGCAGUUCCCAAGCAGUCUCACUGUACGGCCGCGUGACCUCGCUAGGCUGCUUGCCAAUUUCCAAUCGUCGAUGCAGGAAAUCACAGUCAUUGCGACCGAUUCGUUGGUAGUUCCAUCAGACGAUGGGGAUGAGAUUGGAGGGAAGGCAGUGGAGCUUCGAAGCUAUGUAGAUCCUUCUAAAGAUCAUAGUGACGCGACACUGCACACGCAACUUUGGAUUGAUCCUGCAGAGGAGUUUCUGCAGUAUACACACAUUGGAGAUCCCGUGGAUAUCACAUUCAGCAUGAAGGAAUUGAAGGCUUUUCUGACAUUUUGUGAAGGGUGUGAAGUUGACAUCCAUAUUUUUUUCAAAAAAGCAGGGGAACCUAUUCUAAUGGCACCAAAAUUUGGGUUUGAUGAUGGAACAAAUUCAGACUUUGAUGCAACCUUAGUUCUUGCUACCAUGCUAGUAUCUCAACUUAAUGAUGGCCUAGAGCAACCAUCUGUUCCUCCAGUGCCACAAUCAGAUCCUUCAACGGCUUGUAAUGUUAAUGCAUUACCAGUUUCUAAUAAUCCUUCUAAUCACACCAAAAUCUGGUCUGAACUCUCAGGUAGUGCUGCCAGAAGUUCUGGUAAUGCCAGAGAAAAUCAAGCUCCAGUUGAAGGAAAUCCAAGAUCUAGCAUGCCUAAUGAUAGAGGAACACAUUAUGCGACAAAUGAUCAGAGAGCACCCAACCUGAGGGAAGACACGCUGGAUGUACAACAGCGCUUCGAAUCCAACCAGAGAGAAAGGGCGGAUGCCGAUACGAAUCCCCUAUCACAGCAUUAUCCUAGUAACUGGGUUGGUGCCAUGGACGAGGAAGAAGAAGAUGAGGAAGAGUUGUUUGUACAAUCAACGCCUCAAUUCGAUGACUAACACGAAGAGGUUCGCAUCUAACUAGCUCGCAAGAUGCUGAAUUUUAGUUGUCAUCCAGCACGGUAUUGCACUUGUUCUUAUAGUCGGAUCCCAUCAAUUUUUGUGGGUUUGUAGUCUGAAGGUUCAACAUUCUUCUUAUUAUUCUCUUUCUUUUUGAUUAAAAGAAGGCUUUGCUAAAACUAUCAGCAAAUUUAAAUAAUUAGGAGUAUUUUGAUGAUUUAAAA